AUGAACCAAGUGAAGCAAAUUCAUGGUUACACAUUACGAAACGGCAUAGACAACACCAAAAUCCUCAUUGAGAAACUACUAGAAAUACCAAACCUUAACUAUGCGAAACUAGUGUUACACCAUUCCCAAAAACCAACCGUUUUUCUCUACAACAAACUCAUUCAAUCUCACUCCUCCAAACACCAACACCAAUGUUUUUCCCUUUACUCCCAAAUGCUCCUCCAUGGCCACUCACCAAAUCAAUACACUUUCAACUUUCUUUUCUCAGCAUGUACCUCCAUUGGUUCUCUUUCCCUUGGCCGAAUGAUGCAUACCCAGUUCAUCAAAUCAGGUUUUCAACCUGAUGUGUUUGCUUCCACUGCUUUGCUUGAUAUGUAUGCUAAAUUGGGUGGUUUGAAGCUUGCACGUAAGGUGUUUGAUGAAAUGACUGUGAGGGAGUUGCCCACUUGGAAUGCUAUGAUGGCUGGGUGCUCGAGGGAUGGUGAUAUGGAAAGUGCGUUGGAGUUGUUUUUGUUGAUGCCUUAUAGGAAUGUGGUGUCGUGGACCACUAUGGUGUCGGGUUACUCACAGAAUAAACAGUAUGAAAAAGCUUUGGAAUUGUUUCUGAGGAUGGAAAGGGAGGGAAAUGUAAUUCCAAAUGAAGUGACUUUGGCGAGUAUUUUGCCGGCUUGCUCGAAUCUUGGGGCACUUGAAAUUGGGAAGAGGGUUGAAGCAUAUGCGAGGAAAAAUGGGUUUUCUAAGAAUUUGUUUGUAAGUAAUGCUGUAUUGGAGAUGUAUGCAAAAUGUGGGAAGAUUGAUGUUGCUUGGAAGGUGUUUGAUGAGAUGGGUAGAUUCAAAAACUUGUGCUCUUGGAAUUCAAUGAUCAUGGGUUUGGCUGUUCAUGGAGAAUGUCACAAGGCCAUUGAGCUUUAUGAUCAAAUGCUGAGAGAAGGAACUUUGCCCGAUGAGGUGACAUUCGUAGGACUUCUCUUGGCAUGCACGCAUGGAGGCAUGGUUGAAAAGGGCAAGCAUAUAUUCCAGUCAAUGGCAAGAGACUUCAAUAUUGUUCCCAAACUAGAACACUAUGGGUGCAUGGUUGAUCUCCUAGGCCGUGCAGGGCGAUUAACAGAAGCUUAUGAGGUCAUACAAAGUAUGCCAAUGAAGCCAGACUCGGUAAUAUGGGGUGCUUUGUUGGGGGCUUGCAGUUUCCAUGGUAAUGUUGAACUGGCUGAGAUAGCAGCUGAGUCUUUAUUUGCAGUUGAGCCUGGGAAUCCAGGAAAUUACGUCAUUCUUUCGAACAUUUAUGCGUCAGCUGGCCAAUGGGACGGAGUUGCAAGGCUCAGGAAGGUGAUGAAGGGAAGCAAGAUUACAAAGACAGCUGGACAUAGCUUCAUUGAAGAGGGAGGUCAACUGCAUAAGUUCAUUGUGGAGGAUAGAUCCCAUUCAGAAAGUAGCGAAAUUUUUGCUUUGUUAAAUGGAGUUUAUGAAAUGAUAAAGUUUAAUAGAACUGAAUAUGAAUGCUAUUUUGAUUUUGAUUUGAUCAACCAUUUAUAG